AUGAACGACAUCGAUUCAGAGCCUGAACAACCCGACCUAACAAAUGCAGCGCCAACACCAACACUGCAUACCAAGCUCCAGUACCAACUUAUAUCAUCUCUCGCAAAGCGCUGGCAGACGCCACAAAACAUCAACACGCCAUCCAAAGUCCGGGAAUACAAGAAGAUGGUUGAACAGCACGUAUCUUCCUUCCCGGCAGUGUUUGCUCUAAACAGCCCAGACACUUCAAAAGAUACUGAAUGGCCCUGGGUCGUGACGCAUCGCUACUACGUCCAGGCCAUGGCGUACUUUAUGAUUCUCCAACCAUACAAAGCCCACUUACUCCAUCCCUCGAUAAAUUUGUCUGUACCUGAGAUACAACAACUACGAGCAGAAGCAGUAGAGUGUGCUCUGAAGACAUUGCAAAUCGCAAGACAAUGGGCGUCUCGAGUCUCACAAGGUGAUGGGCAGUUUCACCUUGUGGUUCUAUGUCUGUUUGAUACAGCUGCUUUCUUGUCUAUGUCUCUGCAAAAGGACCAAGUGAAGGACUUUCCUCGACGACAUAAAGCUGUUGUUGCGGUUAAUGAGGCUGCUGCGACAUUGAAGGAACUUCAGGCAAUAUCACGGGGAGCUCAAUCGUCGCAUGGACUUUUAUGCAAGAUUUUACGCAAAAUGGAUUGGGAUGCUACGGAGAAAUGA